AUGAGGACAGUGACUCUUCCAUCUUCUAACUCUAUCAUCUCUCCAUCACGAAGCAACUUUAUGCACACACUGUCUUACAAUGGCAACGCCAAUUCACCCAGCAUCACCAUGUUGAGACCCACGCAACAAAUCGAACAAGACAGUAACCCACACAACACGUCCUCGAACUCAAGACAUUGUACCCACACACAAUCCUCAACCCAAGACACUGUGACCGCCUCCAACCUCAAAGCUCAAGACACAUCGUACCCGCACACUCCAUCGCCCAUCCCAUAA